AACUGCCCCACUGGCGCUCUCUCCCUAGCCGUCGCUCAGACCUCCGACACGGCGGCGGCGAGCGCGGCUCUUGUGGCCGUCGAUUCCGACUCCUCUAAGAAAAUUGCUGAUACUUUUGGCCAGCGGACUUCCAUUUACAGAGGCGUCACUAGGCACAGAUGGACGGGUAGAUACGAAGCGCAUCUAUGGGAUAACAGCUGUAGAAGAGAGGGUCAGGCUAGGAAAGGACGUCAAGUCUAUUUAGGUGGGUAUGAUAAGGAGGAAAAAGCAGCUAGGGCUUAUGAUUUGGCAGCUUUGAAGUACUGGGGUCCAACUGCUACCACAAAUUUUCCUGUUUCGAAUUACACCAAAGAGUUGGAAGAGAUGAAACAUGUCACCAAGCAAGAGUUCAUUGCUUCUUUGCGAAGAAAGAGUAGUGGUUUCUCGAGGGGUGCCUCUAUUUACAGAGGUGUAACGAGGCAUCAUCAGCAGGGUCGAUGGCAGGCGAGAAUUGGCCGUGUUGCGGGGAACAAGGACCUGUAUCUGGGGACGUUUGCUACUGAAGAGGAAGCAGCCGAGGCGUACGACAUAGCAGCAAUCAAGUUUAGAGGUUUGAACGCUGUGACCAAUUUCGAGAUGAGUCGAUACGAUGUGGAAGCUAUUGCGAAGAGUGCUCUACCGAUUGGGGGAGCAGCAAAGAGGCUGAAGCUUUGCCUGGAGUCCGAUCAGAAACCGCUCCCGAACCACGAUCAAGCAGCUCAAUGCAGCAGCGGAAGCAACAGCAUCAGUUUCGGCGCCAACGUGCAGGCAGUCCCGCCCAUCCCUUGUGGAAUUCCAUAUGAUACUGCAGCCAUGCUGUAUCACCACAACUACUUCCAUCAUCUUCAACCUAACGCCAUAUCGGAGUCGACGAGCGCAGCCCUUGCAGCGCCAGUGACCAUGGCACCUCAAGCAGCCGAGUUUUUUGUUUGGCCUCAUCAAUCCUAUUAGAUUUGCCGAUGAUCGAACAAAAAUGCUAUAGCUAACAUGACCCGACUAGUUCGUCGACAACACCGUGUCCUGGGCGACCCGGAAUUUUAUCCCCAAUGACUGUAGUUUCAACUGUUAACCCCCUUUUUUUACAAGUAGGAAAAAGAAAAGAAAGUAGGGAGGGUUUUUUUUUGGCAUGGAAACUAARCUUGUUAUAAUUUGUAGGAAGUUGAAUUUUGUAAAGUUAAUACAUCCCAUCAAUAUGGUUUAGACUUUGACAUAAUAUUGUGUUGAAUGUGUAAGAAGGGAAUGGGUGUA